ACCCUUUUUUGUUUCUUUUUACAUACGUUUCUUACAACGAGAACAAUGUUCCGCCGUCUUGUAACAGUCGCCCCCCGCGCCGCCGGCGUCCUCUCGCCUCGCAUCGCCGCCCCGGCUGUCGCCGGCGUGCAAAGCCAGAUCUCAACCAUACGGGCUACCACUUCCUCUCCUCUCCAGCCCCAGCAGCGCAGGGGAUAUCACGAGAAGGUUCUUGAUCACUACUCCAAUCCCCGUAACGUCGGUUCCAUGGCCAAGAGCAUCGACGUCGGUACGGGUCUCGUCGGUGCCCCGGCCUGUGGUGAUGUGAUGAAGCUUCAGAUCCGCGUCGACAAGGACACCAACGUGAUCAGCGACGUUAAGUUCAAGACCUUUGGCUGCGGUAGCGCCAUCGCUAGCUCCAGCUACCUGACCGAGUUGGUGCGCGGCAUGACUCUCGACGAGGCCGCCAAGAUCCGCAACACCGAUAUCGCCAAGGAACUGUGCUUACCUCCUGUCAAGUUGCACUGUUCCAUGCUCGCUGAGGAUGCUAUCAAGUCCGCCAUCUCGGAUUACUACACCAAGAACCCCAAGGCUGUCAAGACUAACCUGGCUGGUACUGGUGCCUCGAUUCCGGAUCUUCAUGCUCAACCCGAGAAAGUUGCUCCUGUCGCCUAGAUGGGACAGCUAAAGCAAAACAAAACAAAAGGGACACCGAUC